UACUAAUUAGUUUGAUAUUUAGUUUAAUAAAAACCAUAGUAUAUGUUCAUAUAGACCAACUUAUUUUUCUAAGAAUUCUAAGAAUCAUCCUCGUGAUGACAAGUGGCUACGAAAACACGUUGUAAUGCUCCAUGAUUAAUAUAUAGGGAUAUUUAUCAGAAGUAUAGUAGAAAUUAUGUAUGUUUUAAGAUUUGUAAGAACUAACAAAUAAUUUGGGCUUUCAAUUUGUCAAAAAUGUUAAAAGAUAUCACCAAAAAUCUUGAUUUAUCAAAAAUAAAUUGACUAAUAUGUAAAGUAAGAUUUUCUUAACGAGGCAAGUAAUUAAUAAUUGAGAUUUUUAGUUUCUAAACAUUUAUUUGUAAAUACGUUAUCAAACAAGAUAAAUGUAUACACAAUACUAUUAUGUUAUAACGGAUAUAUGAUUCUCAAGUUCUUUAUACCUAAACAAAACGCCUUGUCAUAAAUAAUAAAAUAUCAUUUAAUCUAUAAAUACUACUUUACUACUCUCCAACAAAUAUAAAAGAAAGAAAGAAAAGACCAUGGCUUCGUCAAGAAAUCAAAAUUUUAUUUUUAUGCUAAUUUCAUUUCUGAUCAUCCUCGCAACUACAUCAUUUUCGUCUGCGCUCUUCUCAGCAAAACUUGUUGUGAUUGUCAACAAACUUGUAACGCGUGCAACAUUGAUUGUGCACUGCAUGAACAAAGGUGAAGAUAAAGGGGUGAUUUCACUCGGACCUGGAGAUAGUUUCGAUUUUAGAUUUCGUGUUAACCUUCGUAAAACAACAGUAUACACAUGUAGCUUUGCUUGGCCUGGCAAUACAGCGACAUUUGAUAUUUUUAGAGCUGAUAGAGAUGAUAAUCCACAAAGCAAAGUUGGAGUUUGCAGCGAAUGUAUUUGGAGCAUCUACGAACCAGCACCAUGUAGGGAUAGACGUGAUGGAGGCCAACCAAACUGUUUUCCAUGGGCUUCUUAA